AUGCCUGGGACCACAGACCGCCUUAACACUCAGAUGGUUAGGUUUGAGACUCUAGUUCGCCACUUCAGUCAUAGGCUCUCACUUCGGCCAAUGGAGAUCCCUUUAACACUGUGGGUCAUAACUGGGAUAGUUCAUGGAAUGGAUUACAUUAUUAUGCAAAGAUGGCACAAACCAAAGCAUCAGAAUAACAAGGCUGACCGUAAUAACGGCAACAACGAAGGGCAUCGGAAUGUCACAUCAACAUCUUCCACACUUGUGCGCAAUCUAUGUUGGGAGGAUCACAGGCGCAAAUCCGGUAGGCAUCGCCAUGAGCGCCCCACUGAACAUGCGGAGAGUCUGAAAAAGCGGCGUCGGGACCGAGUUGAACAUGAUGACCCAAGCCCCAAGCGUCACCGACACCACAGGGAGCAUCACGAUUCGCACAGCCGAGAUAGGCCCCACCGGAGGAGCACAUACAGCGGGGAAGAUAACAGUGGACUGACCAUCGUAGAUGAUGACGGGGAUGAGGAAUGGGUUGAAAAGGAUAUAGCAGAGGGUGGAACGAAGGUAUUAGCUGCGGACAUUCCAACAGGGGAGAGUCUUGGGAUUGCAUCUUACGCGACGGAACCCAAUGCGGCCAAGCUCCCCCCUUCACAUCCAACUGCUUCCACUCUAAAGCGAGACGAAUGGAUGCUUCUAGACGACCCUACUUCUACCUCGAUCCCAUCGGGAAAAUCCUUUCAGACAUCAAGCCGUCUAUCGGAGUACGAGUCACUCACAGAAGAUUAUGGAGAAUCUAGUGCCGAUUUGCGUACCAUGACAGGUGGUGUCGACUUCUUCAGUUCCCUUGGGACCGAGCAUAGAAAAAAGAAGCCAUCCGAUCGCCCAGACCCGGAUAAGUCCCAGCCCAUAAUCAACUCCAAAGAACUCAAUGUGCAGUUGAAAGAAGGGAAAACUGUAGAUCAAUACGAGACACCCAUAAGGCCAUCCAAAGUAAUUCCUGGAAGUGCCGGCCAUCAAUGGCGAAUGAAAAAAUUGCAGAGGACAUAUGAAACUGCCGAAGAAGGGCGAUAUGAUAGCUUGGCAGAUUUCGAGGCAGCCAAGGAAGAGAAAAGGAUCCUCAGUGAGCGGGAGCAGCGGCGUGCCUCCAGGGGUAGUUCUUCUGGACAAAGACAAGAUCGCACAAGGAAAGAGGAUUUGCCUAUGGGAGAAACUAGGUACAUGUUCACAGAUCUUUCUGGCUCAGAAAGCAGACCUUCCAGCCGCGCCUCAUUCCGCCGUCCAGGAGUUGGGACUGACUCGCCUCCAUCUACGCCUCAAGCACUCCCAGCGAAUAUGCGUGUAGAUGUCCUUCGACGGCAGUCGUCCUCUGUGCCACUCAGUGGGGCUUCAUCACCGAUACCCAGAGUACUUCCCCCGACAUCCACCCCAGCAUCCGCGAAGCAUGCACUGUCACCCUCCAGCUUGAACAAACUUCAAGCUCGUGUGCUCAAAGCUAGGUUGAUGAAUGCACCCAAUGCCGAGGAACUUGAAAAGGAGUUUGAAGCAGAGCGAGACCGGGCUGCAGCGGCGCGAUCGGGUGUUGUUGACAGCGAGGGUACUAAAAUUGAGAUGCUCCCCACUCUCGAUAGUCGUGGUCGUCUCUACGAUGUUGGUACUGGCAAGGGUGAUGACAAGUCACCUCUUUCGGGGAAUCGACGUAAAAAGGAUAAGGUUGAAACCCGAGACCCCAAGACUGGUGAUGUAGUCAGAUACAAUGCUGAUGAUGACAAGACGACACUCGGAGAAAUGCUUCGACAAGAACGUUUCAGCGCCGGGAUGUCUGACCAAAAGAACAUGGACGCUGAGCUUGCCCGUGCAAUCAUGACGGACGGGAAAUUCGAAAACGAUCUGGAAUAUAUGGACGAUAAUGCAGAUCGGUUAGGAAGGAAGAAGAUGAGAAGUGAUGCGAUGAAGCGCCAGUUUGCAAUUAAUGAUUAUGCGAAAACGCGGAAGGUCUUGGCAACCUGUCCUUUCUGCUACGGAGAGGAUGAUUCCCCUCCGAAGGCCCCCGUUGUUGCGAUGGGACUAAAGGCUUAUUUGUCGUGUACCUUGCACGAGCAGUUGGUUGAUGGUCACUGCUUAAUUGUACCAAUACAGCACCACCUGUCGAUGUUGGAAGCUGAUGACGACGUUUGGGAUGAAAUCAAGAACUUCAUGAAAUGUCUCAUCCGGAUGGCUGCCGACGAUGAUAAAGGCUAUUUCUUUUAUGAAACUGUGAUCAGUCUCAAAUGGCAAAAACACACUGUUAUAGAAUGUGUCCCAGUUCCGAUGGAUCAUUUUGAUGAUUUACCCGCAUACUUCAAGGAAUCAAUAUUGGCUUCUGAAGCUGAAUGGUCGCAACACAAGAAAUUGAUUGAUUUCUCAGCUCGACCUGGUGGCUUCCGCAGAGCAAUGGUGCCACAUCUCCCGUAUUUUAUGGUUCAGUGGGACUAUAAGGGGGAAAAGGGAUAUGGGCAUGUGAUCGAAGGUGUAGGAGAUGCCGCCGGUGAUGGGGACCCAGACGGAGCAGUGGAUGAGGGAGAGAAGGGAGGGGGUGAGUUUCCAAGGUACUUUGCCGCCGAGAUCAUCGGAAACGUUCUGGAUCUGGAGCCACGACGAUGGAGGCGGCCGCGGCGGAUAGAUGAGCACGCGAACCGUGGCAGAGUGGCGGCUUUCAGAACCAGUUAUAAGAAGUAUGAUUGGACGGCAAUGAUUGGAAAGGGCUGA